AUGUCCCAGUCCUGGAUUGCGGUCGGCCGUCCAGCUCGCAGUGACAGGGCGCUAUCGAAGAUACGGCAUAGGCAGUUCAGCCCAGCCGCCUUUUGGGAGAGGUUUCGCAGUGGUGAACCGCGCAUCAUGGCGGGCAUUCUCGAUGUUUUGGAGUUUGACAAGCUCCUGCAGGGACAAGAAUGCCGCCCGCAUCCCUGGAUCGAGGAAUGGAAAUGUGGUGUUUUCGAUGAACUGAGUCGCAAAUGCGGUAUGCUCCUUCAUCAAAGCGGUAGCCUCGAAGUCAUCGCUCUCAUUGUCUUUGUCAGCACCAAACAAGGCAUCUGCACUAUUCUCACGAGGGGCCGAUGA